UUUCGCAUUAACACUUCACUCCUUUUCAAUAUUAUAGAUAGAUAACUUCUACUUCUUCUUCCUCUUUCAUUCAUCCCACACAUAACAAUGUCUCAUUCUUCUUCUCUUACCUUCAAUUCCCCUCUUCUUUCCCCUAUCCCAUCUUCUUCUUCUCACUCUCACACUUCUUCUCUUCUCUCCGGGAAAUUGAGGAAAUCUGUAGGAUUUAGAAAGACUACUCUAAAAUCUUCUGUGAAAGCUGCGUAUGAUGAUGAAUUUUGGGGACCUCAGAGGAGUUUGCAUCAGGGUAUUUGGUCUAUAAGGGAGGAUUUGGGAGUCCCGUCUUCACCUUAUUUGCCUGUCUAUGCUCAAGGACAAGGGCCGCCUCCGAUGGUGCAGGAACGUUUCCAGAGUGUUAUAAGCCAGCUUUUCCAAUAUAGAAUAAUCCGUUGUGGUGGAGCAGUUGAUGAUGAUAUGGCAAAUAUCAUAGUUUCUCAGCUCCUUUAUCUUGAUGCUGUUAACCCAAAUAAGGAUAUCGUCAUGUAUAUAAACUCUCCGGGAGGAUCGGUUACAGCUGGAAUGGCAAUAUUUGAUACAAUGAGGCAUAUCAGACCUGAUGUGUCCACUGUUUGUGUUGGAUUGGCGGCUAGUAUGGGAGCUUUUCUGCUUAGUGCUGGGACCAAAGGAAAAAGAUUCAGCUUGCCAAAUUCAAGGAUAAUGAUUCAUCAACCGCUUGGUGGUAUUCAAGGAGGGGUAUCUGAAAUAGAGAUUCAGACAAAUGAAAUGCUGCAUCACAAGGCAAACCUGAGUGGAUAUCUGGCCUAUCAAACUGGUCAAACUUUAGACAGAAUUAACCAGGAUACUGACCGGGAUUAUUUCAUGAGCGCAAAAGAAGCUAAAGAUUAUGGACUCAUUGAUGGUGUCAUUAUGAAUCCUCUCAAAGCUCUUCAGCCUUUGACAGCUGCAGAAGAGGGUAAUGAUCAGGCUAUUGUUUGACCUCGAUCCAAGGUAUAAAAAACAAGAAUGUUGUUUUUGGUUGUCUGUGCUUAGUAUAGCUGAAUUUUUCACAGAUGUUGAUAUCUGUAUAAUGGUGUACUGAGAAAUGAGGGCAGAAUGAUACUUAGUAAUGUAUUGCCUCAGAGUUUAUACUGUUAAAAUCUUCUUUAAGAGAUCCUGGAUUCACAUAUUUCCUUCACAAGCAUUCUAUUUUUCCUGUGAUAACGGAUGUAUGAUGAUAUGUUGUUAUAAUUUAUCUCCCUUUGACUUGUGAUUGACUUCA